CCAACGCGGGCGUCAGUCUGGAGAAGAGGCCGUCGACUGUCCCUCCGUGACUCGCUACCACCUCCGUUAACCCACUACCCGUAGCCCCCCUUUCCGGCCCCCUCUCUACACGGAUACACUCCCGCAGGCUACACCACCGCCAGCGGCACAUUUGUACAUCCUUGUCACCACGACCACGGUUUACCGUUUGAGCCAGAUGAACAGCACGGGGGCGGUGUUCGUGUCUCUGCUGGUGACCCUUGUCUUGGUGUCCACUGUCUCUUCUGCCACCCUCAACAGGGAGGCGCGAGCAGUAGUGGAGAUAGAUGAUCCGGACUACGUGUUGGAGCUACUUACCAGACUGGGUCACUCCAUUAUAAGGGCCAAUGAGCUAGAAAAAUUCGUACGUUCCUCUGGCAGUGCUAAGAGAGGUCUGGAUCUUGGCCUGGGUCGUGGCUUCAGUGGCUCACAGGCAGCUAAGCACCUCAUGGGUUUGGCUGCUGCCAACUUCGCUGGCGGCCCUGGCAGGAGGAGGAGAAGCCCUGACAAUGCCCUCGACCUCUCUCACGAUGACAACCUCUACGCCCAAGAUCAGGCUGACCUAACAGAGUCAUCACGAUAAAUGUUCAUUGAUCACUGUCAUGUGACAACCUAUAUCUCGUCUGUCCUCUCUCAUAAUGUCUCCCUUUCCUCCCCUUUCUUGUGUUCAUGGUGAUUUUCUUUUCUGUCUUUUGUAAGUUUCUGAAUUUUUCUCGGCAUGAGAUACGCCUCUUCUUCACACGACGUACUUUAAGACAGCGAGGCUCACAAGAUUCAUCCACAACUGUUCCUUCUGCUCUACUCCCUGAUACGCUCCACCAGCAAAGUGUACAGCAUUCUGUAAUCCUCUGUCUGUUACUGUAGUAGGAUUUCAUAUAUGAUACAUUAGACCCUUCAUAAGGUUAGAAAUGAUAUAAACAUUCGUCAACCUCUGCAGAAAGAAGGAAGAUGUUGUAGCUUAUAUUUAAAUAAUAUAAUGUUCUGUGGAUUGGGAAAGUGUAGUGGAAUCACUGUAAUUAUCUACUCUUUUUCGUUGCUUUCACAUUGAUCUUCACAUACUUAGCGUGGCGUGUACAGCACAACUGCUUCCAUUAUUUUCCUCAGUGGUUGAAGUCUUAAAAUGUAUUUAAUGUUGGAUUAAUUCUUGUGUUCUUUGACUAUCAGAGGCUUGUCUAUCACUCGCACUGACCUUAAUUAUAUACUGUGUUUGGCAGCUUUAUGAAUCUGUCCUGUGUAACCCUGAUAAAUAAUAUCAGUAAACUGUUGGUGGUCAAGUCUGUUGGUUGGUCAAUGUAUGGACAUGUCUGAUGUUAUUAAUCAGACAUGUUUUGGAUUAAUAGCCAGGUUUGCCACACCUCUGGAUGAUAGCCUAACCACAACCUGGCUGUAUUUAAGCAGUAUUAUGAUCACAUAAGGGCUUUAUUCACCUAUGACAAUGAUUUUUGUGAACCUCUUGUACUCAUGAAUAGUUUUUUCAACUACAAACACUGAAUUCAAGCUGAUGGCCUAUAUUUCUCUACGAUAAAUAUAAAAAAGUCUACGCAAGUAAGGACAGUAUUCAAAAAGCACAAAAAUUUUCAUACAUGUCUCUGCCGUUAUCUAUAUUUUCAAGAGCAGUUUGUCAUGUUCCUGUUAUUUUGUGUGAUGUACGAUCUCUUUGCUGAGAGAUAUCUCACUGGUGAGAGGAGGUAAGGAUGAGACACUAGCGACCACAUGACCUCCCAUCCUUCCUAUCUUUCUAUGGGCUGGAACUUGUCAUAAGUUAAGGCAGAAAAAUAUUUGUCCGUAUAUAACAAAAUCUUCGGUUCACUUUAAUGUAGAUAAAAUAAAGCGUGUCAGACCCUG